CAUGACUACUUCUGGGCAUGGAGCGAGGAGGAUGCUCCCCCCGGGCCCCGCGCUGCUCCUGCCGCCGCUGCUGCUCCUCUGCCGAGUGGUGGAGAGCCGAGGAGGGAUCAUGGACAGCGUGCAGAGAUUCUCGAACCUGCCAACGUACCUCCCUGCCAGCUAUCACAUCUGCAAUGCUGAUGUUUUCUUCUUCCUUAAGGAAACCAACCAGGACAUCACGAGGAACUCCAGUUUGCAGUCCAGGGUGGAUUCAUUCCUUAUAUACAAAUCCAAACUGCCGCCCGUCCUAAAUGCCACGUACGGACCCUUUUCUGUGGAGCAGGCUGUUCCCUUGGACCUCAUGCUGUCUUCUACAUCUUUUGGUUUCACAAAUGAAUUCACUUUUAAUUGGAAAUUAAAAUCGCACAUAAUAGACAGCUCGAUUUAUUCCAACAAACCUAAAAUACAAACCUUGUUCUAUAUUGCGGGGAAAGACUGGGAUGACUAUGACCCUGAGGAGAGGUUGCCUUGCGUGAAGAUGUUUGCUUUCCUGGAAUCUAGAGAAGUGGUGGCCAGCUGCAGGUUGACAGGCCAACUGGGAUUAUGUGUUGCAGAGCUGGAGUUAUCUCCCAGCUGGUUCAGCUCCCCUCCACCCCUGGUUUCAGAGGAUACAGCUCCCCUGGAAGGGAUUACUGUGGAGCUCUUCUAUAAGAUUUAUGCAGCAGAUGGGGAAUGUUCUCCAGAGGAUGAAAAGUGGGAGAACAAUAUUCAUGCGGAUCAAGAUAACGAACGGAAGGCUUUGCCAGCUAUGGAGAGGAUUGGUAGCAUUGUUGUUUACCCAGAUCAAGACACAUUAAAACAGUCUGCACUGAGGCUAGAUGAGAAUGUCGUAAUCCGCUUGCCGCUCAGCCCGGUCAGAGAAGGGGACGUUGUGACCUUCCAUGUCUCCCUGGCAGAUGACUCUCUGGCAGACCAGUUUGUAUUAAGAAUUAAGACUGCCCCAGGUGUGAAGAUCUUGGACGUCAGAGUCAGCGAUGCGGACCAGUGGGGAGUUCAAGAGGAGACUGAUAGCGCCAGGACCACUGCCACGAUCACCUGCAUGCACAAUGACCCAGACCCAGAAAGCAGCAGCGUUUGCUCCUUCUCGUCUGUGUUGGAAGAACUGUAAGUGCUGUGAUUAGAGCUUUGUCCCUUUCGUUUUGCUUCUGAGCUUGAGAAGUAGAUGACUGAGUGUAACUAGAGGCAGCCAACUCGUCCUGGCUCACAUUGGCUUUUCUUGCACCUUAAGGGCAGCAAAAAUCCCGUUUCCAAAGAGCCAACAAAAAUAAAUGGAUUAGAAUAGAGAAAUAUGGAGAAUAAUUGAGAAAUAAUGGAAAUAGGACAAUGCUGUCUCUUUUAUUUGAAAAGCUGUAGAAGUAAUAGCUAUUAAGUGUUUUUUAUUAAUGCUGCAGAACACCUGAGUAUCUAUGAACUGCCUUGUGAAAGCCGGGUGCAUUUGUUAUGGUAAUGCUCCCGCCAGCUAUAUCAAACAUAAUGAGAAAUUUAUAUUGUUAGUCAGAAUUACGUAUUUGACAAUACAAGCAAUUUCUCUUCAUUACCAUGCAGUUACUGUACAUUUAGAGUACACCGUGCAUACAUUUAGCAUUAAAUUGCAUCGUAAUUAGAAAAGCGCGAAACUUUAUGUCAAAACUUUGAUUUGAGGAGCCUUCUGCACCCAUUCUUCCUGAAAGCUCUUUGUUUAGAGCUAGGAAGAUUAUUGCCAAAGGUUUGGCAUGCAAAGUGUAUUUCUGCUCUUUUGAACUUCUGGAGCUGGAUUUGGGGAGCAAGGGACCCCCACCUAGUUCUGGGUACCUGCAGUAUGAGUGCUGAGGUGGGAGCUAUUUACAUUGGGUUUGCUUUUUGGUGACAAAAAGGAACACUGCUGGGUGUGUAAAACAGGCCUAGUGCAUGGCAAACUGAAAGCUCCUCUUCAGUAAGGAUGGAGAGUGGAGGUGACUGAAUGGGAUAUGGGCAUUUGCUUUGCAAGCACACAAAACGAGGGGAGGCAGUUCCUCUGCAUUUAAUCUCUGAAAUGAUGCAGAGCUUUCUGGUGUUAAAAGUCACAGAAACACUUCAGUUCGUUACCUGCUUCGUGGCCUUCCUGCCCACUGAAAAACAAACAAAAAAAACGUCAGCAGUAAAAAUUUCCCUCUUGUUUCCAUUCUUCGAAGUUACAAGUCUGAAUUUGUGAUGUUGGAAAUUGUGGCUGCCUCUCUUUUUUUUUUUUUUUUUUUUGCUGGCAUUCCAUGAUCUCCUGCAGUGGUGAAGCAGGGCUGUGGCAGCUGGGAUAAGCUUUGUCACCAAAAUCCUUUGUCUUUCAACUACAUUUCCCCAGUCUUCACCACCAGCGGGUCCUUGCUGGUAUUGGGAAAGCUCAUCCAGGAAUGGUGGCUCUGGGGUCGGGGUGCAGUGCUGGUGCUGAAAUGCUGAGGCAAUAGGAAGACUGAAGAUGGUUUGGUGUAACAGAGAGGACUGUCUAUCUAAUGCAACUGUUUUUUUUUUUUUUUUUUUAAAGUUUAAAAAGAACAGGCAAGGUACUGAAACUUACUGCCUUGUAUGUGGUUUCACUAAUCCGUGGAAUUAUACCUGUCACAGUAACUUACUUUUUAUUAAAACUGAUUUUUGCUUUGUAUUGAACUGUUAAAUUGCACAAAAGCAAGGAACCUCGAGUUAAUUAAUACUUUGACCCUUUCCUUUGUGAGAUUAGUUUUAAUAUUUUUGGAUUAAUUAAAGUAUGCAAAUGGAAACUGCUGAAAGAUCGCUUCCAGAUUUGCAAAUACUGUAGUGCUUAGAGUAAAUAUUUAGCUUUGAUCCUUACUUUAAUUUGCCUUUUUGGUCAUAGCGGUGGCCCUCUUGUUUCUUUUGAAGAAUGUUAAGUGCUUCGUAGGGAUUCUGAUGC